UCAGUUACAAGCCGCGAAAGUAACGCCACGCCAGUUGAAUUCUUGAAGUUGUGAAAUUGUUGUGACAUACUUUCGAGAGGAUUGCCCUGUGAUAACAUAAUAAGUGCUGAUAAUAGUGAAAGUAAGAAGUAGUUUUGCGUAGUUGUGUGAAGUUCAAGUGAAAAUUCGAAGCUACGGGUUACAGUUCCCGAAAAUUUGUGAAGAUUUGAAAAGUAUACAUUUAACAAGCAAAAUGUACGACGAGUCCGUGGUCUCUGUAAAAACCGAGACAUUCAGUGCAGCUGCGGCUAAAAGUUCAAUUAGUCAGUGUAUCAGAACUGUUCUAAGACGAGCUUGCGUGGAGAAGAGACUGACCAUCGGUCUCUUGCCAGCCAUACAGUAUCUAUCGAAAAAUACAAAUGGAGCGCUGUUUUGCCUGACAACAGAGGCGCCACCUGGAGACAGCGCUACACACAUGCAAGAAGUCCUGUUGCAGGCUUUCUGCGACGAGAACGACAUCUAUGUCAUAAAGGUUGAUUCAGAAAACAAGUUGAAGAGAUUGCUCGGCUUUUGCAAAACUCCUAUGGAUUUCAGUUGCAUUCUCAUUCACUACCCAUACGCUGACCCAUUUAGCGACAGCCAAGAAAUUGACCUUUCAAUCCUAUCUGAAGCUGAGAAGGAUUUGAUUGACCACUGCGACACCAACUGGGGCACUCAGAUGCCGGUCAUCAAACUGCCCGAGAAGUGAACAUAUUCUUUGAAAAUCAUUGAGAAUCGUUGAAUUAUUUGAUCAGUAAUGUCAAAUUGCGUUGAUUCUGCGUAUAGCGCCAUCUAGUGUUGUACUUCGUCCUGUGGACUUGUAGCAAUAUGUUGUAUAAACUUGUUUCUAUAAUUACAAUUAACACUAGACUACUUUUUAAGAUGAGACAUAAGGAUAGGAGUUUAUAUGUACAGCGGUUGUUGUAUUGGAGUUCGCCAUGAAAUGGCUUGUGUUUUAUACUUGUAUAUGAAUAAGUGAUAUGAAAAUGUAGAAGAAAAGAAAUGAAUAAUAUCUGAUACUAUGUAUUGUUAACGUAUUUCUACUUUGUUACUUAAAAUGAACCAAAUAAUAAAGAUGUACUUAUUA